AUGAACCAAUUAUUCAAGAGAGCAUGGCUUAUCAGUCCAGGUAGCGAUAAUCCCAUAAUUCAUAGAAAAUUGAAUACAUUUAUACAUACAAGUUUCACAAUCAUAAGUCCAAUUAAAUAUUUAGAGUACGGCAAUUCUCGUUUUAGGAAAAAAUUUCAAGUCUUUGUAGAUGAGGGACCUUUUCAUGAAAUGAAUGAUGCACAUUACAUUAAAGUCGCUUACUUUGAGGAUCACGAAUUUUUCGAAAAGUCAAUGUUUGAGUACAGAGUGUUGGAAAUAGAAUUCACUAACAGAACGAAUAUCCAAACCUAUAUUAAUGAUAUACAAAGAAAUAAAAAUUUCAUUUGUUUGUUUAAACAAUUGAAAAUUCUGGCUGGAGGGCACAUACCUGAUGAAAUUAUCAUCCAACUAAAAGGGAUCUUUUUUGGAAUAAAUUCUUUAUGUUUGGAAAUUUACAAGUUUCAUGAACAAAUCUGUCUUUAUUCCAAUGUGAAAAUAUCAAAGAACUUCAGUUAUAUUUGGGUCUCGAUUUGA